UUGAAAUUAACCCCAAACAGACAUGGACUUUGAUAGCUUUAUAGCUAAUCUGGUAGGUGUAACGAUAGUAACGUGACUGCUACUAUCCAAAUAUAAUCACCCAACCUACAGCCAAAUAAGUGGAAAACAAACCACUUCCUAAUCAUUUUCGUCGAGAGUUGUUUGUCAAUCUGCGAGUUCCGGGAGGUCAGCCAAUCAGAGAACAUUCCAUAAAUAGGACCCAGUACGUAUUUAUACGAUUCGAUCAGCAACAAUAAUUUAGUGUCAUGUUAGUCAGUACGAUUUGCCGUGUUCAAAGAACAGGAAGGUAAUUUCAGUGCAACAUACAUCCUCAUUGUCAAAAACAAAGAAUGCAUCCUCCUAGCGCUACUUUUCUAGGUGGACUCCGCGUGUACAAGAUUGUUCUUCUUGGAGAGGGCGGCGUAGGGAAAUCAGCUCUAACCAUGCAGUUUGUAUCUCACUGUUAUGUGGAUUACCAUGAUCCUACUAUUGAAGACGCAUAUCAGCGUCAAGCUGUCAUUGAUGGGGAGUCUGGAUUGUUGGAUAUCUUAGACACAGCUGGACAGCAAGAGUUCACAGCCAUGAGGGAGCAGUAUAUGCGUAGUGGUGAAGGAUUUGUCAUAAUGUAUUCCAUAACAGACAGACAAAGCUUUCUUGAAGCAGCCCAGGCAAAGAGGCAAAUUGAAAGAGUUCGAAGAGCAGAGGUAAUACCAAUGGUCUUGGUUGCAAACAAAAUGGACUUAGAGAGCAAAAGAGAGGUGACUACUGAAGAGGGCCAAGAAUUAGCAGCUCAGUUUGACUGUCCAUUCUUUGAAACAUCUGCAGCCUUAAGGCACUGUGUGGAUGAUGUUUUCCACACUUUGAUAAGACAGAUACGGACAAAGGAACGAUUGGGUAUGAAGUUAGCUCAAAAGGACAAGAAACUUCGUCACAGGGCAAGCACAAUUGUACAGAAUUUCUUCAGACGUCAGAAGAAAAGGGUGUAAUUGUAUCAGGACAAGAGGUUGUUGACUGAAAAUAAUAUCGCAUUUGUGUUUAUAGAGUAUUGUUAUUUGUAUUGAAUAGGUUAAAAUCAUUAAUUGUAAAUUGCAAAUGAGAUUUUUUCCACAUACUGUGGCCUUUUUGGAGAUAUAGUUAUGAAUUGUAUUAUGAAAAGUUAAUGUUAAAAAUUAGAGAAAUUCUCAUGGAAUCUAUUUGCCUUUCGAGGGUGUUUUAAGCAUGGAUAUGAUUUGUGAAAGUUCUAUCAAACCAAUGGUUGUCAAUCUAUCUUUGAAAAUUUCAAAAGAUUAGAUUUCAAUCUCUAGUAAACAAAAAUUACAAAAUUUCUGAGGCUCUAGGUCAGAAUUAUAUCAUAGUGGGACAUUGGAAGUUCACACCCAGAAAACUUGUGAAAAAAAAAAGUUAUGCGAUACAAAAAAAAUCCUCAUCAUUUUUAUAUGUUCCGUUUCAGAAACAAACAGAAACUGAUCACAGGUCAUGUAUAAUUGUCAUAAUUAAGUGACAACAGUAGCUGUAGUGGCUAUGUAGCUAAGUUUUGACACUUUUUCUUGUAAAUAUCACUGUUAAUAUACUAUCAUUGCAUGCUAAUGAUUAGAUUAAAUUGUAAAUUUGCUCAUUAAGUUGAACUAGGAGAGCCAAGCUAGGAGCAAAAUAUUUACACAAAGCAGAAAUCGAGCAAAGGGGUAACUCAGAAAUGGGCACCUUCAAAGGCCAUGAAAGACUUUCAAAAAGUCAAGUGUAACUUAAGAAUUUCAUCAAUUUUGUACCUCCCAGGAUUAAAUUAUUUUUAAGAUCCUGUCAUUUCUGGAACCAUUUGAUCAGGCUAAGUGAAAAAUGAGGUUCCCCAGCAAAUUCUUUGCUCUUUGAUCUUGCAUUGUGACUGUAAGAGUUGAAGUAAGUCUCAAAUUGCUUUAAUGUACAAUGCUCGCUGCUUUUGUCUAGAAAUUCAGUCAGUCCAUUUUUUAAUUGCUCUUCAAAGUUAAACAAUAAUUGGCUACUUCUUUCCCUGUGUUUCUUAUCAUACAAGUCAUUAGAGACCAGCAAAAAAUGAACUCACAUCUGGCAAACCGUUAGAGCAAUAAGCAUAGAAAGAGCAUGCAGCACCAACUCAGUUUGGAAAUUUCUAUUGACUUGCAUGAUAGACCACACUAAGAGAGAUGGAAUAUGUAUACUCUACUUCAGUUUGAACAGGUGCAGUAUACUUAAUCAAUCACCUCAUUAGAAAAUAAUAACAGGUGCAAGAGAAGUUUUCUUCUUUUGACUGGGGCCCUUGAUCCAAUAAAUCCUAAAGAUGACCAGCAUCAAAUUUCUCCUUACAGAGUAUGGAGAAUAAGGUGUAAAUGGUUAAAUGAAAGAGAAUAAUUCCUUCAAAUUGAUGAGGUGAUUAUUUAACCUGUAACAUUACAGUUAUUUCCAAAAUAUUUUUGAGCAAGGCAGGGUAAGCAGGUUUAUUUUUCUUCUAAGUAGGUAAGGAUCAUUUGCUAGAAAUGAGAAAUGUACAGUAUUUUAAUGAUAUUGUAAUUUAAAAACUGUUGUAUCAUAGUGGUUGUAAGCUUUCUUUUUAUCUGUAUAUGUUGCUAAAUAGCUUUAUUACUGAUACAUUAAACGCUGUGACCAAUGA